AUGUCUCAAGAAUUUGGAAAUUUCAGUGACAUCGAACGUAAAAAUGUCAGUUCGACAACUAUUGUCGAAUUUGAAAAUUUCAAUGACAUCGAACGUAAUAAUGUCAGUUCGACAACUAUUGCCGAAUUUGAAAAUUUCAGUGACAUCGAACGUAAUAAUGUCAGUUCGACAACUAUUGUCGAAGUUGAUAAUCCAAUCAAUUCCCCUUUGCAUACAGCAAAUGAAUUAUCCGAUUCUAACACCAUUAACACCACUAAUAACGACAUCGAAGAUACCAUUAAAUUCGACAAUAACAUUUCCAAACAUUUAUCGAUCUGGAGGAAGAGAUUAAUUCUCUUAAUUGUCUCUAUCGCUGCCAUGAUAUCUCCAAUGGCUGAUACCAUCCUAUAUCCAGCACUUGUACAGAUAUGCUCAGACUUUCAAGCCCCCGAAAUCUUUGUAAAUGUCUUAG